AUGCAUGAAUCAAAGGGUGUUGCAAAGUAUUCGUUCCCGUGGUUGGUGGGCACAACUAACACGCCAACGCCAAUUGUCACUAGUGGUGUUGAGACGACAAUUGCUACCACCGAUACAACCACGCUUACUACAUCAGCUGAAAAUUCAAUUAAUGAUACUGCUAAAACCACAAACUGUGACGAAAGCAAAACCGCAACUGCCACCGCUAUCGGGAAUCCUACUACUACCGUUGUUGAUAAUCCAGCUGCUACUCCUCUUACAAACACAACUGAUCCUUUGGCUAAAAACUCCAGCGAUAGUACAGUUGAUGGUCCUCCUGGUGCCAAUGAUGAUGACUCACCUAAUGUCACUGUUAAUAAUGCACCUGUUUUCUCUGUUAAUAUUGCACCUUCUACCGCUGAUACAACCACCAUUGUUAUUUCAAUUGAGAAGCCAAUGAAUGAUGCUGUCGAGAGGCAAAUAACUAAUGCUAUUGGGAGACCACCAACAGUCUCUGAAACAACUACUAUUGUUACUUCAGACGAAUGUCCUUCUGAGCCCACUGUUGAUGGUUCCAUUAUUACUACUAUAGAAUAUACAACUGCUCCCCACAGUGAAUACUCAGUAACAACUUCGCUUGAAAGUAUUAUUGAUACCACCAUCGCCAAUCCCAUUAUCAACGGUGCAGAAGCCACGCCUUUUACUUUAGUAAAAAGCGCACUUGCUACUACUGUUGAAUAUCCUGUUAACGUCCCUGAAGCUCACGAUUUUGAGCAAAAAGUUGCUGCUAGUUCAAAUAUCCAAAAUCGGGCCAAUAAUUACGGCCUCAUUGAUGAAAAACUGCUAAUUUUGGGAUACCUUCGUAACGACAUCAGUUUGACAACAAAUUCUUGUCUCAAAUCUAAUAUACUUCGCCAUCGAAUUUGUGAUAAGUUCGCUAAUGCAUGGUCUGAUUUCAGUAAUGAUGAAGUUCCCAGCGACAUAAGUGCGUUGGACAUUGAUGAAGGUUUUUCCCCACCAAGUGCCACUUCCGAAAUUGAUGAAGAUGUUAAUAGCCCAUUUAUGGUAGCUAAUUAUCCACUAUUGGACCAUAAAACAACCAGUGGUUUCUCUUUUCUUAGAAGAACUUGGACGGUUGUGAAAGGACUGAUGCAAAAAUGUUUUAAAGUAUUGGACACGAACUUCACCACUGCGACCAAAAAUAACGAUGUCAAUGAGAUUAAUGAAUCUGAAGAUGCCAAAUGUGUCAACGACAAACAGUUUGAAGAUAGCAUGAGCUUAGAUUGUAAGUACCCAGGCGAAGAUGAGGAGAGGAUAUCCACAUCCCACCUCAAGAGGGCACUUGAACUCUUUAGUCUUCAUGCUAGUAAACAAGUUCUCAGUCUUGGUACAAAGUAUGAUGUAUUUCCUGAUUGGGAAAAUGUUGUAUCUGCUGUUGAUGUGCGUGGUGAGAAACAUGGGGGAGAGCUUGACUCCCAAUGA